AUGGCUGAAUCGACUCAACCGCCUCCAGUCGAGAACAAGAACAACACCACCAGCGCUCGCCGCAGGAGUUCUGGCUGGAUGCCUGCUUUCGAAGGCCUUCAACAGCACCAUGGUUCACAGGCAAACGUUACCCGUCGCGAGAGCAUGUCAGACCAACAGCCCAAGGGCGGCAUCUUCUCACAGCUGUUCCACAAGUAUGUUACUGCCGCUCUGCCAUUCCCAAGCCUCUCCAACCCUGGGUUGAUCGCGGAGCUUCCAUGCCACAAGAAUGUCCUACUAACUACCUUGUGCAGCAACUUUGGACGUAACGCUAAAUGA